AUGGCUUCCGACGACGCGACCUACAAUGACUACACUACCGAAGGUGGCCAGCAGAUCCCAGUGCAGGACGACAAUGCUCCCCUCGAGGAGGGUGUUGACGCUGCAGCCGCUGACUCUGACGCUCAGCUAGAGCGUGACGACAACGAGGCAAUUGACAAGUCCAACAUUGUCGAAGGUCGCACUCGGGGUGCCAAGCCGGAUGGUGGUUCUUAUCGUGAGCCCGGCGACGAUGAGGCUCUGCCGUCCGAGUGA